CACUCUGCUGGACCUGGACCUGAACCUGAACCUUCCAGUGUGUCCAUAAAGAGUGACUGGUCAAUGGGUCUUCCCAUUGAUUUGAAACAAAGGAUCCAUGAGAAUCCAGAUUCAUCUGCAUCUGGUCCCAGUUGUGUCUCCAUGAAGAGUGACUGGUCCAUGGUUCUUCCCAUUGAUUUGAAACAAAGGAUCCAUGAGAAUCCAGAUUCAUCUGCAUCUGGUCCCAGUUGUGUCUCCAUGAAGAGUGACUGGUCCAUGGUUCUUCCCAUUGAUUUGAAACAAAGGACCUAUGAGAACCCAGUUUCAUCUGCAUCUGGUCCCAGUUGUGUCUCCAUGAAGAGUGACUGGUCAAAGGUCCUUCCCAUUACUUUUAAAGAGCUACAGCAUUCUGUUAAAAAAAUAGUGACACGGCAGAGUUCAGAGGAGCUCAGUUUUCGAGCUGCUCAGCAUCAUCAAACACAGAUGCAACAUGUAUUUGUGAAUCUUGAGGCGAACUUGGUCACAUAUGUAAAAAAUGAGGUGAAGAGGAUCCAGAUGUUUCUCCUUGACACUGAGCAUGAAUACUUUGAGAGACAGUGCAACGAUGAGGAGCAGAGGAGGAAGAGCAGAGAGGCUGUUCUGGAGCUCGCAUUGAUCUUCUUGAGGGAAAUGAACCAGGACAAGCUGGCUGACUGUCUCCAGCAAAGAACUUGUGGUGAGGUUUGUCAGCGUGAACUCAAAUCUAAUCUGAAGCAAAAGUUUGAGUGUGUGUUUGAGGGGAUCUCUAAAGCAGGAAAGGCGACGCCUCUGAAUGACAUCUACACUGAGCUCUACAUCACAGAGGGCGGGGUUUCAGAGGUCAAUGAGGAACAUGAGGUCAGACAGAUUGAAGCAGCAUCAAGAAAAGCAAGCACAUUCCAAAAAACAAUAAAAUGUGAAGACAUCUUUAAAGACUCAGCUGGCACACAGCCACCAAUCAGAACAGUGCUGACAAAGGGCGUGGCCGGCAUCGGGAAAACAGUCUUAACACAGAAGUUCACUCUGGACUGGGCUGAAGACAAAACCAACCAGGACUUCCACUUCAUAUUUCCAUUCAGUUUCAAAGAGCUGAAUGUGCUGAAAGAGAAGAAGUUCAGCUUGGUGGAACUUGUUCAUCACUUCUUUCCUGAAACUAAACAAGCCGGAGUCUUCAACUUCCAACACUUCCAGGUUUUGUUCAUCUUGGAUGGUCUGGAUGAGUGUCGCCUCUCUCUGGACUUCCACAGCAGUGACGUCCUGACUGAUGUCACAGAGCCGAGUUCAGUGGAUGUUCUGCUGACAAACCUCAUCAGGAGGAACCUGUUUCCCUCUGCUCGCCUCUGGGUAACCACACGACCUGCAGCAGCCAAUCAGAUCCCUCCUGAAUGCGUCGACAUGGUGACAGGGGUGAGAGGCUUCACAGACCCUCAGAAGGAGGAGUACUUCAGGAAGAAAUUCAGAGAUGAGGAGCAGUCUAGAAGAAUCAUCUCCCACAUGAAGACAUCACGAUGCCUCCACAUCAUGUGUCACAUCCCAGUCUUCUGCUGGAUCACCGCUACAGUUCUGGAGGAUGUGUUGGAAACUAAAGUUGAACCAGAGCUGCCCAAUACAUUGACUGAGAUGUACAUCUACUUCUUGGUGGUUCAGUGUAACCUUAAGAAGGUCAAGUAUGAUGGAGGAGCUGAGACAGAUCCACUAUGGAAUCCAGAGAACAGGAAGAUGAUUGUAUCUCUGGGAAAACUGGCUUUUGAGCAGCUGCAGAAAGGGAAUCUGAUCUUCUAUGAAUCAGACCUGACAGACUGUGGCAUCGACAUCAGAGAAGCAUCAGUGUACUCAGGAGUGAUUACACAGAUCUUUAAAGAGGAGAAAGGUCUGUACCAGGAGAAGAUGUUCUGCUUCAUCCAUCUGAGUCUUCAGGAGUUUCUGGCUGCUCUUUAUGUCCAUCUGACCUUCACCCAGUCUGGAGUCAAUCUGCUGUCAAAAAAACAAACAGCAUCCUGGUGGACUAAAAGAAUGAAAGCUGACCCGAACCCAACACUUUUAUACUGCUGUGCUGUGAACAAGGCCUUAGAGAGCCCAAGUGGACACCUGGACUUGUUCCUUCGCUUCCUGAUGGGUCUUUCCCUCCAAAGCAGUCAUGUUCUCUUACGAGGCCUGAUGACACAGAGGAACAGGAUCUCAGAGACCAAUCAGGAAACAGUUGAGUACAUCAAGAAGAAGCUCAGUGAGAAUCUCUCUGCAGAGAGAAGCAUCAAUCUGAUCCACUGCCUGAAUGAACUGAAGGACCGAACUCUUGUCAAACAAAUUCAACUGUACCUGAGGUCAGGAAGACUCUAUAGAGAAAAUUUGUCUUCUGCUGAUUGGUCAGCUCUGGUCUUCAUCUUACUGUCAUCAGAACAAGAAGAAGAUGUGUUUGACCUGACCAAAUACUCUGCUUCACAUGAAGCUCUUCAGAAGUUGUUGCCAGUGAUCAAAGCAUCUAAAACAGCUUUGUUAUCUGGCUGUAAUCUGUCAGAGGGAAGUUGUGAAGUUCUGUCAUCAGUUCUCAGCUCUCAGUCCUCCAGUCUGAGAGAACUGGACCUGAGUAACAACAAGCUGCAGGAUUCAGGAGUGAAGCUGCUGUCUGCUGGACUGGAGAGUCCACACUGUAAACUGGAAACUCUCAGGCUGUCAGGCUGUCUGAUCACACAUGAAGGCUGUGCUUCUCUGGCCUCAGCUCUGACCUCCAACCCCUCCCAUCUGAGAGAGCUGGAUCUGAGCUACAACCAUCCAGGAGACUCUGUGAAGCUGCUGUCUGCUGGACUGGAGGAUCCACUCUGGACUCUGGACUCUCUCAGGGUGAAUCCUGGUGGGAUCCAGUGGUUGAGACCAGGUCUGAGGAAGUAUUUCUGUGAACUCACACUGGAUCUGAACACAGUGAACACAAGUCUCAAACUCUCCAACACCAACACAAAAGUGGAGCGCGUGGAAGAGGAUCAGUCAUAUCCUGAUCAUCCAGACAGAUUUGACCUUUGCCCUCAGGUUCUGUGUACUUCUGGUCUGAAUGGCCGCUGUUACUGGGAGGUGGAGUGGAGAGGAGAUGUUUACGUAGCAGUGGCUUACAGAAGAAUCAGGAGGAGAGGAAACAGUGAUGCCUGCAGCUUUGGAGAUAAUGAUCAAUCUUGGUCUCUGUUCUGCUCUAAUUAUUGUUACUACGCUCGUCACAACAACACAGAAACCUUCUACUGUCGCUCGUCUUCAUCCUCUCACAGAGUCUCAGUGUUUGUGGACUGCCCUGCUGGCACUCUGUCCUUCUACGAAGUUUCCUCUGACACUCUGAUCCACAUCCACACUUUCAACUGCAUGUUCACGCAACCUCUGCAAGCGGGGUUUGGGUUCUGGUUUGGCCGUGGUUCCUCAGCAUCUCUGUGUCAGCUGUAGGAUGGAGAGUCUCCGACACUCGACACAAGCAAAGCAAAAA